CUCGAACUGCGCCCUCUCCACCACCAGCGAGCGAGUAAUUAGGCAUUCUUGUACUGUCAGUUGUAUGCAACCACUUCCACUCCUCGAUUCUGGAGUUCAAGUUCAGGUUUCACCUUUAUCCCAUCGCCGGCAGAGCUGGUUUCGUUUCGCUUCCAAUUUCAGUUCAAUCCGUCGACCGGGUCAGGUUUAACCCCUGUGGGCGACCGCUGCUAGUCUAGUACCACGUACUUACACGGCAAUGCCGGGCUACUACUACUAUUCAUUUGUUUAACUUCCACGUCGUCGUCGUCCGCAAUUCCACGAAAAAGGCGGACCUGGACCGGAGCCAGUCGGUGGUUUCUCCUAUCCUAUCCCGACAACCUUAACCUUCACUUCAUCCACUACUACUGCAUUACUACCUACCUACCUUUACCGCCAGCUAUACCUUAAGCUGUUUCUUUCUUCUUACAGACAAACAUUUUUGCCCAGAGGGUAGCUCAGCUCAGUUUCUCUACCGCUCUGCUGCUGGCUUCUGGGUUUGACUUCAGCAGCAAAUACUGUAUCAUUCUUUGUUUCGACCACCAUCGGUCCCGCGCUACGAUACGUUAUCCGUUGCUUUGUGUAUCACUAUUACCAAACGUUUCCAAGAGCGAGAGCCUGAGCAAGCAACUAUCUGUAUCGACCGGUACCCAAGCGUUGAUUUACUGCGACGUCGAGUUCUUCGAUCGAAAUUCUGAAUACGAGCGCAGUUGGCUCUCGAGAGCGAGAAAGCUGGCAAUAAGUCAUACAUCAUUCAAGAUCAGGAGUUUGUAUACCAGGGGCCACGGAUUUAUCGAAUAAACGAGAGGAUACGGUCUGAGACACAUAUUGACGGAAUUGCCGCACGCAAGACCUCGACAGGGCAGCAAGCACCGAGUACCUAUAUCUCGACAAACGAGCCGGUCAAGUAGCUGGAAGAGCGAGCGCAGAGAGCGCAGUUUGGACACUUGCCGCACUGGCAACGUCACGGCAUACGCACUCUGACAGUUAGGGUCUGUGUGAACAAACCGGCGGCGAUCCGAUCGGCCACUUCACUUCGCGAUCAUACUCUUUUCCUGCGAUGGCCAUCACCAUGGUUUCACAAUAUUCCGACGCUCCACAAGACCGCCGCCCAAUGGCACACACAUCGCCCUUUGAGAUCCAAGACGAUCAAGCCGAUGGCGAGACGUUGGCGGCCAAAUACCAAAUGCUCGAAGAACUAGGUAGUGGCUCGUUCGGCGUGGUAUACAAAGCCAUUGAAAAGGAGACGGGGGAAAUCGUGGCUAUCAAACAUGUGGAUCUCGAAUCAUCCGAAGAAGAUCUGUCAGACAUCCUAUCCGAACUCUCAGUACUAUCAUCCUGCUCCAGUCCCUACGUGACCAAAUACCGCCUUGCCUUCCUCCGACGGCACACGCUCUGGAUCGUGAUGGAAUACCUCGGCGGCGGAUCGUGCGCGGACCUGCUCAAGCCUCCUCCGCACUCACUGGCCGAAACACACAUCGCCAUCAUCUGCCGAGAACUACUGUUAGGUCUGGCCUACCUGCACGGCGAGGGCAAGCUCCACAGGGACAUCAAAGCCGCCAACGUUUUGUUGGGGAUGGACGGACGGGUCAAACUGGCCGACUUUGGCGUCGCCGCCCAGCUGGUCGGCCUGAAAAGCGUGAGAAACACCUUUGUCGGCACGCCCUUCUGGAUGGCCCCCGAGGUGAUCCAGCAGGAAGGCCACGACGCCAAAGCCGACAUCUGGAGUUUGGGAAUCACCGCCAUGGAAUUGGCCAACGGAGAGCCGCCACAUGCCAAUGUACACCCGAUGAAAGUUUUAUUUUUGAUCCCGAAACAGCCUGCUCCCAGACUCGAGGGCGGGAAAUGGUCCCGCGACUUCAAGGACUUUGUGUCCUGUUGUCUCACCAAGGACGUGGAGAAGAGAAGUUCUGCAAAAGAUCUCCUCAAACAUCGCUUCAUUCGGUCCGCCGGCAAGGUCGAGGGCCUGCAGGAGUUGAUUGUACGGAAACAGGAUUGGGAAGCAAGAAAAGGUGGAGAUCGUCAUCUGAAAUACUAUGCCGAGACACUCAAGAGUUUGUCUUGCAACAACUCGCAAACCGACGACGAUGACUGGGUCUUUGAGACUAUCAAGGCGGUGCCUACCAUUUCGAAGUCGAGGAAACCGAGCCAUAGUCAGGCAACGCAGAGACGGAGGAAAGUGUCGGCGGACACCAACGGUGGUCAAAGCACUCGAAUGAUGGAAGAUGGGGACCGUGACUAUCAGCUGCCGCCCAAUCGCGAUGCCAACAACAACGAAAGCCCUGCGAGGAAACCGAGCACAAUGCGCAGAAUCUCAGAGUCACGGCAGCACCAAUCCGCAAGCAAUGGAGAUGCCGGCGCAGAAGACACCGUAACAUCCCCAACAGCCAGUGUGGCGAGAAGGACAGCGCGCAGAACAUCAAGAUUAUCCAGCGCCGCCCAGGCUCGACAGCCACUUGGCGUUAACAUGUCGUUCGGCAACAGUCCCAGCACGGUACGGCAGUUCCGAAGAGUAUCGACCAAUUUGAACGCGGUCAAAGUGACUGCCGAGUGUGAUGGUGAAAAUGAUGCCAGUGGUGGUGAAAAUCAAGCUCCUUGUAUUGAGUCAGACUCGGAUCCGGAUCCCAACUCUAGUGUGGUUAGGACUCCUUCGAAAGCAGCUCCCAAGAUUGGAUUGGGUGUGUUUUCGUCGUUUUCCGGUGAGGAUAUGUUAGAGUCGAAGUCCAGGACAAAUUCAGCCGACCAGGACUCGAAAGACCGGGGUCCGAAAGCGGCGGCAAAAGAUCAAUCGUCGAGAUCGACCUCAUUCUCAACUUCAGCAGAAACAAAUAGUGAGUCAAAGGAAUCCAGUCUAGGAAAAAGACUGUACGCUCAAGCCGUCGGCAUCUCAUGUCAAGAUGUUCUCGACGAUACCGCCGACCAUGUCAAGCGCGAAGCGGUGGCGCGGUUGGCCGAGGCCUUUUCGGACCUCGAGGCCGUCGAUCCAGAUGGUUUGUUUCAUGUCAUGCGGGCCAUUGUCGAGAAGGUUAAAUUGGAUUCCGUCCUGUCGAAAGCCAUGAUGGUGGAGGCGGGUUCGAAGAGCCAGAGCCGUUCUUCACCUGUGAUUAAAACAGAGUCAGAGACAACGACAACGGCAGACGUUGAAGUCGGGCACCCGCAUACACAGACACAGGACCAGACGGAGAGUGAGACAACUACUACGACUAGUACUUCUGUGUCUGGUGGUUCAACGAUGACAUCAACAUCGAUAUCGACGACAACAUCAUCAGCGCCCAUCACGCCUAAGCGAGUACAAUCACCCGCUCCCGCAUCCCCGGCAUUACCACAAUCAGCAGCGAAACUCGUCCUCGCGCAAAACAAUCCCCAUCUCAAAUCCCAUCGGCGCCGCCAAAGUGCCCACGCCCACGCCCACCUUUCUCCUGGUAGUAGUGGGAACAACUCUCGAAACUCUAGUGGUGGUCAGAUAAUAGUAGGCGGCGGCAGUCCGUUGAAAAAGAGUUCCCACCCUCAUUCGAAUUCGAAUUUUCAUGCGCUGCCCAAUGUCGGGAGUCCACGGGCUGGUACUGGGAAUACUGCGAGACUAGGCCGUUCGAAUGCGAAUGAUGGCAGGAAACCCAGCGGUGCUGUGUCUGACAAAAUGGGACAUGUGGAAAGAAUUCCACAGUCUGAUGAAGACAAGGAUAAGGAUAUCGACAUGAUUAUGAAAAGUCUUGUUGGAGGUAGUGGGAACAGCGCCAGUGGUGGUGGUGGUGGUUCUGGUCUUAGUGGUGGACUCGAACACACGCGACAAUUGGCCGAUGUGUUGUUUGAGCGGUGGUGCGAUGGGCUGAGGAUGAGGUGGCCUGCUGUAUAAAAAAAAUUUUGUACUGUGAAACUGAAGUUGACAUCAGAGUGUUCGUUUGGAGAAAGAGAGAAAUUGGAAGAGUGUUUGGUGUUUGGAGUAUUGGAAGCGGGUGCCCGUAUGUCUUGUAUAAGGUAACUUGAACUUUGAAAUUGAACUUGAAUCCUACCUUGCCGAGGUCAGUAGGUAUAUUUUCAUUGCGAUGCGAAUUCAUGCCCAAA